UUAUCCGGAUCGUUCUGUUUCCGUUUCCGAACACUGGACAGUCAGGAAGGGUAGGAAUUCGAAGUAUUUUUCCGAUUGAAAACGCACGGAUAUGUCGACAGCAGAAGUACAGAGAACUAAGAGUACAUCAGGUGAAGAGAAAUCCGAUCAGGGCAAGACGCAUGAUCAGAAAUCACAUGAUCAUGGUCAGAAAUCACAUGAUCAUGACCAGAAAUCACAUGAUCAGAAAAAAGAUCUCCAACCUGAUCUUGAUCAUAAUGAGCACUUGGACAGUAACAAGGUUGAGCCCCCUAAACCCCCCAGUGUGGGAUCUGGCUCACGAACCCUGACCUUGAACGGCCAUGUUGGAUUUGACAGUUUACCUGACCAGUUGGUCAACAAGUCUGUCAGCCAAGGAUUCUGCUUCAACAUCCUCUGUCUUGGUGAGACCGGCAUUGGUAAAUCCACCAUGAUGGAUACACUGUUCAACACUCAUUUCGACUCCACACAGAGCAGACACGACCUUCCCGGGGUCAAACUCAAGGCCAGUACCUAUGAGCUACAGGAGAGCAGUGUGAGGCUGAAGCUGACGGUGGUAGACAGUGUAGGGUUCGGGGACCAGAUCAACAAGGAAGACAGUUGGAAGCCAAUUGUCGACUACAUUGACAACCAGUUUGAGGCCUUUCUCCAGGAGGAGUUGAAGAUCAAAAGGUCACUACACACCUACCAUGACACAAGGAUCCAUGCCUGUCUCUACUUUGUGGCUCCUACUGGACACUCAUUGAAGGCCCUUGACCUUGUGACCAUGAAGAAGCUGGACAGCAAGGUCAAUAUCAUCCCAGUGAUUGCCAAGGCUGACACCAUCACCAAGGCUGAGCUCCAAAAGUUCAAGGCCAAGAUUAUGUCUGAGCUGAUGACCAAUGGAGUCCAGAUUUACCAGUUCCCCACUGAUGACGAGACAGUGGCAGAAACCAACAAAACCAUGAACGGCCACCUUCCGUUUGCAGUCGUAGGCAGCAGUGAUGAGGUCAAAAUGGGAAACAAGAUGGUGAAGGCAAGACAGUACCCAUGGGGCACCGUCCAAGUCGAGAACGAAAAUCACUGUGACUUUGUAAAGCUCCGAGAGAUGUUGAUCCGAACAAACAUGGAGGACAUGAGGGAGACCACUCACAAGAGACACUUUGAGUUGUACCGUCGGAACAAGCUUCAGGAGAUGGGCUUCUCUGACAAGGACUCAAAAAGUUUGUCGGAGACUUAUGAGUUGAAAAGACACCAGCACGAGUCUGACCUACAAAAGAAAGAAGAGGAAAUGAAGCAGACCUUUGUGAUUCGGGUCAAGGAGAAGGAAAGUGAACUUAAGGAAGCAGAAAAAGAUCUGCAUCAGAGGUUCGACACCCUGAAGAAACAACACACAGAAGAAAAGAAAAAGAUUGAAGAUAGUAAGAAAAGACUAGAUGAUGAAUAUAACCAAUACCAACAACGCAAAGCACAGUUUCAGCAACAACAAUCCACUCUGGGAAAGAAGAAGAAGUAAACAUCAUUUGUCACAAAGAAACGACGUAUCACAUGUUACAUAACCGACUGAUUUUGAUAUAAAAUAGGGCUGGGUAACUACCCAAAAUACAACAUCUUGCCAAUAUCUAUGUUACACACAGUGCAAUAAUAUGUACAAGGUAUUAUCAUGGUCAAGGUUUACCUACACAAGAAUCGGCCUGUUAAAGAGAGUAUUUAGAAAUAUGUGAUUUUCUUUGCAGUUAACAAUCAAAAGGGACACAACUCUUGCAAAACAGUGACUUCUCAAACACUCGUUGGGAAUGGAACUUGUUUUAACAUAUCUGGUGUCAUUCAAGAGUAAUUGAAUCUAAUUAACAAUGAUAUUUAACUACAGGUUUAUAAAGAAGGUUACUGUUUGUCACUGUCUCUAUCUUUAAAACCCCAGAUUUAGACCAAAGGACAAUCACUGGAUCAUUGCCAUUUCUGUAACUAUGGGUCCAAAUUUUGAGGAUUGAAGUCUAUGCUUUUGUAAGGUGCUACAUGCCCAGUAUAUCGCAGGUAACAAUGUAUCUUUAAAUGUAUUUAUACUAAUACUCUGCUUUUCCUGAAGUUUUAAAUUUCAGGACUAUUUUAUUUAUCUCAUGUACAUUGUUUUUAUUUAAAUAGAAAAAAAAUCAGCCAAUGUCAGCACCCCAAACAUCAUUUAAAUGAAUUUUGAUAUUUUCUCUGAAAAUUUGAAUUAUUAGUAAAGAAUAUCAAGUUAUCAAGUUUCAAUAAUAUAGUAAUUAAGAAUGAAAAUUAAUAAACAUAGUGAUAUAGAAGGACAUAAAGUGGUAAUAUAUUUAAUUUUGUUAAAGAAGUAAUCGGUUGAAAGACUUCUUGACAGUUUUAUCUCAUGGAUCAUGUGUUCAUCUGUAUUUAUUUUUUCAUUUUUACAAUUCUUGGUCAGUAAAAUCAAUUCACUGCCAAACAUGUUAGUACCUAUGGCUUUCUUUGGAUAUUCAUGUGGAAGUAUUUUUAGUAUCUAUGCAUUUAGUUGAAAUCCUUAGAUCCCCACUGUAGGGUUUACUGACUUUUUGGGACAUGUUGUGUUCAUCUUACAAUCAAUGCUUCACGUUUGUAUGGUUCUUGAUAAUAUGGUGGUUUUUUUUCUUUAAAAAUAAACAUACAAUUGUUGUGCCUAUUUUCCUAAACUGAAAUAACUUCUAAAUGUUGUGCUCCCCCUUCGUAUUCUGUUCUCUUUAUCUGUAAGUUUAUUUUGGUGACUACAGCUAUUGAAGUCCCAGGUUGUGUCAUUCAUAACAAAAUGAACCCCUUUUCAGUUAUCUCUAUGUUAUUAUGUAUCUCCCUGCUACUAUGUAUUACCUGUGUAUCCUUUGCCUACAGUGAUUAGUACUGAGUUAAUCUCAUAAUCAUUUUAUUAUGUACUGCAUGUGAAUGUUGUCUGAAUUUUUGUCGUCAAUGUCACAUGUUACGGUUUCAUACAAAGAAACUCAUCUCAAUGUCUGAAUUUUUUGUCAUUGAUGUUUUAUGUGAUGGUGUCAUCAAAAGGAGUUUUACAUAGAAAUAGAUACCCUGCUUCUCCUUGUUUUAAGGUUGUUCAGUAAACAACAACUUGCUCUGCCGUAUUCAUUUUACAUUUCGACACAAGAUCUACAGCAGCAAGUGUGAGGAAGAGUCUAUGAUGAUGUGCAAUUGUCUGUUUCACAAUUUGACUUUUAUUUUUAAGUUUAGAUAUAAAUAGUAAUAGCCUGAUAACUAGAUCUGGAAUGAAAGCUUCAUUUUGUUUAUGUUUUCUCGAGUGUGGAAAAUACCUAAGCCCAAGACCAAAAGUGUCUGUGCUCACUGCAAAUAUGUUUUGUUUGUUUGUAAUUUAUACAUCAUUCAAAUUUUAUUGAAAUAUGAAGUACAACAGGUAAAAUUCCUUCAAAGGGAGCUUACUCUCAACAUCUUCAAAAAGAAAUAUGAAUGUAUGAGUGAGAAUCUGUUCUUUUUUAUUUUUAUACGUUAAAUACUUCAGCAUAAUUAAUCAUUUUGUUUUGUAAUCAAAUUUUAUUCAGGCCCUGCAUGCUGCUGAAUAGUGUAGAUUGUAUGGUAUAUAAGUUAUGUAUCUAGUCAUUUGGCUAACCAUAAAAAAUAAAUAACAUUAAAUCAAAA